AUGAGCCCACCUAAAGCAUCACCCUUCCACGUCGCCGUCGUCGGAGGCGGCAUUGCAGGUCUAAGCUUAGCCAUCGCCCUCCAUCACCGUGACAUCUCCGUCCGGAUCUAUGAGCAAGCGACGGCAUUUGCUGAGGUCGGCGCGGGAGUCUCCUUUGGACCCAAUGCGGUUGAGGCAAUGAAACUCUGCCACUCCGGGAUAUACGACGCAUUCAAGAAAGUCUGCACACAGAACUUGUGGACAGCUAAAGAGAAGGUAUGGUUCGAUUAUCUCGACGGGUAUACCCACAAUGAAGCAGAAUACAAUGCAUCCUCGGAGGGGAACGAAAAGAAACGACAGAAUAUCGCCUUCACAAUUACCAACAGUCUCGGUCAGACUGGUGUCCACCGCGCGCAUUUUCUAGACGAACUAGUGAAACUGGUUCCCGAUGAGAUCGCGGAGUUUGACAAGCGGCUGGAGAGCAUUGAGGAGCGAUCUGAUGAUGGGAAACUCGUGCUAAAGUUCGCCGAUGGAGCGGAGGGAGAAGCAGACGUGGUGAUAGGAUGCGAUGGGAUCAAGUCGAAGGUGCGACAGAUUAUUGUUGGGGAGAACCACCCAUCUGCUCACCCGUCAUUUUCCCACAAGUACGCCUACCGCGGCCUGGUGCCAAUGGACAAGGCGAUCGAGGCGAUUGGGGAAGAACUCGCCUCUAACUCAUGCAUGCACAUGGGCCCGGACAACCACAUGCUCACCUUCCCCGUCAAUGCCGGGAAAACACUCAACGUCGUCGCCUUCCACACGACCCCCGACUGCUGGAAAGAAUACCCUCGUCUAACCCGCGAUGGCACACGCGAAGAGGCGCUCCGCGACUUUACCGGCUAUGGACCGAACGUCACCAAGCUCCUUCAACUAUGCGAUCAUAAGCUCAGCAUCUGGGCAAUAUUUGACCUAGCCGAACACCCCGUCUCGACAUUCUUCAAGAACCGCAUCGCCAUCUCCGGCGAUGCAGCACACGCUACAUCCCCGCACCACGGCGCUGGCGCCGGCUUCUGCCUCGAGGACACUGCCGUCCUUGCGACUCUCCUCUCAGACCCCUGCGUCCGCAGUCACAGUGACCUCAGAGACGUCCUGGCCGUCUUCGACGCGAGCCGAAGGGAGCGUACGCAGUGGCUUGUGCAGAGUAGUCGGUUUAUUGGUGACUGUUAUGAAUGGCGCGCGGAAGGCGUGGGCAGGGAGUUUAGCAAGAUUGAGGAAGCAAUUAAUCACCGGAACAGGAUCAUAACGGACGCAGACGUGGCUGGGAUGUGCAGGGAGGCGAAAGAGAUGCUGGGGAAGGGCCUAGGCGAUGGGUCAAAAGCUUCACUGUAG